UCAGUUUCUCAGGACUUCCCUCCCUGGACACUGCUGCUGAGUGCUUUCACUACUGAGACGAACUCUUCCAUAUCUGGAGCUGGAUUUCGACAAACAUCGAAGUGUGUGGCAUCAGAUGGGAAAACAAUGCUGAACCUACACUGUUUUAUAAUGCAGUCUUUGUUGAAAGGGGUUUGAAGGACCUGAGGAUUACAGACUGUUCUGACAGAAAACAGAAGAAGAAAGAAGACACAUCGGUGAUUUAAAAAUGUCCUAAAAGUAAUUUUUUAAAGACUUUUGGAAAGAACAGCCCUGCUCUACACAGUUUCACUUUGCAUGUAAUUUUGCUGUUUACUUUUACUUUUGCAGUUUACUUAACAAUAUUAUCUUCUUGUAAAAACUGCAAGUGGAUGCGGCUAAAGCUACUGUCAGACUGUCCUUGGCUUGCAGAUGAAAAAGUAUUUUUCUUGCAGAGCUUAAGUGUCAGACCUGGUCUUGGUCAGUGCAUAUAAUGGGGUGAUUUAUUAAUAACUGCUAAUAUACUUUUGUGGCUUUAUAGCAUGGGAGAUGAGCGGACGUAGGGGUUUUAUAUUCUGCUCUCUGAUGUUUUGUAUCUCAAUAACUCCGCUGCAUUCGCCCUGACUUUCUCUGUCCUAAUGGAGGCAAAAUCCUGAAAAUGGACACCGAGGCUGCACCACAUUCUUUGCUUUCCCCAAAGGACGUAUUCCACCAAACCCAAAAUGUGAUCCCUGAGUGUAAACUAUGACGUGAGGACCGAUAAUAGCUGUUUGGAUUAAGAGGGUGAGCAGUAACUUGUGUCUUUAUCAGUCUGAGCUCAUGAGAGUACAGGCAGGAGGAAAGUGACUCUAAACGUCUCUUUUUUAAUGCGCUGUAAUAAAUGGCUGGUGACAUAACCCCCGUUUUCCCUCAUGGGUUUAGAGAGGGAGGUUUUCCAUAUAUGUCAGCUUCCACAUAUUUUCCACGUCAGCAUCAGUGUUGACAUUAGAGCAGCUUUUGUCCAGCUCCCUGGCCCGGCCCUCAUGCUGAGUCCCGGGCCUGGAAAAAAACCCAUGAAGUCACCCGAAUAUCAAACUGAUCCCUGAUCCUCUCUGUUACAAACACUUGUUGUUGACUCGCCUGGCCCUGCUUUCCCGGGAGUUUCCUGGGCUUCCUUUUCAUCUCUACCUGGGACGAGAGCUUUUUGUGUAGGCUUGGCCCCCAGUGGGCUCCCCUGUAUUGCAGUCAUGGGGAUCCAGGGCAUGGAGCUGUUUGCCAUCGGCGUUGUCAUCAUCCUUUUCAUGGCAGUUCUGAAGCAGUUUGGUAUCCUGGAGCCCAUGUCCUCUUUCGAAGAUGACAGCAGCGACAGUGAUUUGGAGCUGUCGACUGUGCGUCACCAGCCGGAGGGGCUGGACCAGCUGCAGGCCCAGACAAAGUUCACCAGGAAGGAGCUCCAGUCUCUGUACCGGGGCUUCAAGAACGAGUGUCCCAGUGGAAUGGUUGAUGAGGAGACGUUCAAGACCAUCUAUUCUCAGUUCUUCCCCCAAGGAGAUGCAACCACCUACGCUCACUUCCUCUUCAAUGCAUUCGACAUUGACAGAAACGGGUCGAUCCGCUUUGAGGACUUCGUCAUCGGCUUGUCUGUGUUGCUCAGAGGUUCGGUCACAGAGAAGCUCAACUGGGCCUUCAACCUUUAUGACAUCAAUAAGGACGGAUACAUCACCAAAGAGGAGAUGCUGGCGAUCAUGAAGUCCAUUUACGACAUGAUGGGGAGGUACACGUACCCUUGUGUGCGAGAUGAAGCUCCAUAUGAACACGUGGACAAGUUCUUCCAGAAAAUGGAUAAAAACCGAGAUGGCGUGGUGACCAUUGAAGAGUUCAUUGAGACCUGUCAGAAGGACGAGAACAUCAUGAACUCCAUGCAGCUGUUUGAAAAUGUGAUAUAAGGAAUGAAGCCACUCUUUAUUUUUUUCUUUCCCAUUAGCUAACACGCACAUACAGACACCCACACACCACACCCUUCCACACCUUACUUAACAUUAACACAUGACAUCCUCGUACAUAACAUAACAGCUGUAAAGACACAGGAAGUAGACAUGGUUUAUUUCUAUUCCUUGCUGCGCUCCUUUAGCUGUUUGUUGCUUCUGGAUUAAAAGGACCGCUGCAGACAGCAGAAGAGCUUCCUUCGUGAAAUCCUCGUCUAUACAUGUCGUGUGUUUCUGUGUGUCCAGCCAUCAUGGAGAAACAGAAGAGCCCCUUGUGUUUUCAUCAUCAGACAAAAAAGAAUCAAGAGGGAAUAAAGAGGCUUACAAUAAUCCACUGACCUGAACAAGUACACACAAACACAUACCUGCUGUUUGAGUUUAUAGAGCACUGGACAAAGUGAACAAAGAAAUAAAAUCACAGUGACACACAAAAAAAGAGAAAUGAACUAAAGCAUGUUUGUCAUCAGAUAUGUGAUGUGGAAUUAGCUUGCACUACAGUUUUAUGACUAUGUAUAAUAUGCGCCUGAAUAAAGGCACUGUAGAUAACUGCACCUGAUACACACAUGUGGAAACAGUGUGUAUGUAUAUAUGUAUAGUUAAUAGUUAUUUAUCCUACGUUGUAUUUGGUCUCCUCUGUGCUGCACUGGGUGAUGGAACAGGACCAGGACUGAAUAUUUGUUUUAAAAUCUCAGUUAGACUUCAUGUUUAGUCGCAGUUCUCCACAAAUGUAUACAUACAUAUUUCUCUCUUUAUUUUGUAUUUCAGAAGAUGACAUGUUAUGUUGAACUGGUCAGGUUGGAAAAAGUGAGUCUGUACAGAACUGUGAAGAAACACAAGGACUGUUAAAACAGUGUUUUCUUACACUGAAUUAAGGUUUUAUUUGGUUCUUCAGCAUGCUGACUCUAGGUGCCACAGUGUUAUGAACAGUACAGUUGGACCUUUGUGAUGUGGGUUGAUUAAAGAUGCUGUCGACAGCUG